AUGUUGACACAGCCCUCUGGAUGUCCAAAUGUGAAGCCAGAGCCGAGCAAUGACCAAGCCACCUUUGUGUCCACACUAGCUCACAGAGCACCCUCAUUUAGCCCGCAAAAGCUAGCCCCCAGUAACCCUGAGCAUGCGGGCCUGGUUGCUCCAUCUGCGUUUAGGACCGCAGUCCCCGUGUCUCUGGACACUCAAAAAGCGACUCCGGAUAAAAGUACGGACAGCGAGCGCACGUCUUGGUCGCUCUCCACUUUCAUUCCGCGCAAACGAAAGAGUCCGGCAGUUGAAGGCUCUGAACAGGAGCCUGUGGCGAUCAAUUGCGCUCAUUCGACCGAGAUUCGGGAAGGCACUGGAUCUGUUUCCAACUCCACGAGUGCUAAGGCAUUGGGGAAAAGGCCCAUGCAUAGUCUCCUCCGCACGCCGAGUCCACAAGGUCAGGAUGGUGUGUCUAGGGCCGUGAGCGUUGUGAUUCCUCCAUCCCCCUCGGCUGUGCAAAUCGAUCGAUUCACUGCGCCUGCACAAGUGGAAUUCACGGGGCUCAAUGAGAAGUAUUUCCCCAUCGGACAGGAAGAAAAGGCCAAGAGCAGACUGCGCGCAUAUCCGAAUGUGCCUCCUUCACCCCCCAAUAAACGACUGGUCCCAUUUACCAUGACUGUGCCCGCGCUGCCGGGGCCUUCAAAAAAGGUACAGGCUUUCUCUGUCCAGAAACCCGCUCCUCCACCUCCGUCGACGGUCCGUCGAUCACCUGGGAGCCCGACUCCGGAGCUGCAGAGCCAAGAGCCCAUGAGUUCAUCUUCGAUUGCCAAGUUUUUGCGCAAGAAGCACCGCAAAAAGCUGAAGCGAAUCAGUGGUGGGCCCGAGACUCGAUUCGAUGUCGAUGAUGAACGACUGGCAGCCCUGUCCGCCAACUUUUUCUUCAUUGGGGAUUAUCGCCUCGGCCCUGGUGUGGAACCCGCCGCCGACGACUUUCUCACCGGGUGCGACUGCGGACAUGAGUGUGAUCCGCAAACGUGCAGAUGCCUGGUGGAAGAGCUCGAAUCUGAUGAGCUCAUCGUAGCCUAUGAGCGCCAGCCCUCUGGCACGAUCGUGCUGCGCAAGGACUUUAUGGACCGCAAAGCCAUGAUCUCCGAGUGCAGUUCUCGGUGUUCCUGUGCCGGACACGAUUGCUGGAAUCAUGUGGUGCAGCGUGGCCGCCAGGUCCGUCUCGAGGUCUUUCAUACGGGCAAGCGUGGGCUGGGUCUGCGAAGCCUCGAGCCCCUGGUUGCAGGCCAAUUCAUUGAUUGCUACUGGGGGGAAGUGUUGACCACGGAAGACGCCGAUGCCCGCGAGGCGGCUCGUGAAAAUCAACCUUCCUAUCUCUUCAGUCUGGAUUGGUUCAUCGCCGAAGGGGAGAGCCACCUCUCCCACGAGGGUUGCUAUGUGGUCGACAGUCUCAAAUUUGGCGGUGCUUCCCGCUUUAUCAAUCACUCGUGCAACCCAAAUUGCAAGAUCAUCCCCGUGUCGGUGAAUCGCCUUGCCGAUCCGCGGCUCUACUACCUCGGAUUCUUUGCCGUGCGUGAUAUCCCGGCCAGAGAGGAAUUGACCUUUGAUUACCACCCCAAUUGGGACGGAUCCAAGCAGAUUGACCCCAACGCCGUCAAAUGUCUCUGUGGCGAACCCAAUUGCCGGGGCCAGUUAUGGCCGAAUAGCCGCAAAAAGGGCAAGAACACCGGCUAG